AUGACUUCCCUCUUCUUCUCCACCCCCGUCGAUAUCGACGUCGUUCUCGAAGAUAGCGAUGAGCGCCAGACGGUCGAUGUCAAACUCGACAAGGGCCGUCGGGAAAGGGCCCCGCUGUAUAUGGAUGGAGAGUCUGUCAAGGGUGCUGUUACUGUUAGACCCAAGGAUGGGAAACGUUUAGAGCAUACGGGGAUCAAGGUGCAGUUCAUCGGAACGAUUGAGAUGUUCUACGACCGCGGAAACCACUAUGAAUUCCUCUCCCUCGUCCAAGAACUCGCAGCUCCCGGCGAACUUCAGCACCCCCAGACCUUCCCCUUCAACUUCAAGAACGUCGAGAAGCAAUACGAGUCCUACAAUGGCAUCAACGUGAAGCUCCGGUAUUUCGUGCGCGUCACUGUUUCCCGCCGGAUGGCCGAUGUCGUGCGCGAGAAGGAUCUCUGGGUCUAUUCCUACCGCAUGCCGCCAGAGAACAACAGCCCGAUCAAGAUGGAUGUUGGUAUCGAGGAUUGUCUGCACAUUGAGUUUGAGUACUCAAAGUCGAAAUACCACCUCAAGGAUGUCAUUGUCGGGCGUAUCUAUUUCUUGCUUGUGCGGUUGAAGAUCAAGCAUAUGGAGCUGUCUAUCAUUCGGAGAGAGACAACCGGAUCUCCGCCCAAUCAAUAUAAUGAGAGUGAGACGCUGGUUCGCUUUGAGAUUAUGGAUGGUUCGCCUUCACGGGGAGAAACCAUUCCUAUCCGUCUGUUCCUUGGCGGUUUUGAUUUGACACCUACCUUCCGUGACGUCAACAAGAAGUACUCGACACGUUAUUACCUCAGUCUGGUUCUCAUUGAUGAAGAUGCUCGUCGGUACUUCAAGCAAUCCGAAAUUACUCUCUACCGUCAGGCUCCCGAGAUUGCUGCUACCCCUCAGAUCGCCCAGCAGCAACAAAUUCAGCAGCAGCAGAUCCAGCAGCAACAGCAGCCUCUGCCGCCCGGUUCGGCCACUGCUGGACCCGGAAGGGGCGAAGCUCAUCAGCAACAGCAGCAGCAGCAGCAGCGAACUGCCCCUCCUCCGGCAGCUUAG